AUGUUACUUAGCUUCCCUGUGUGGCUGUUUGGUGGUUUUGGUUUUUGUGAGUGCGUGUGCGCGUGCAAGUGAGGGGACGUGUUCAGGUCCUUUUAACAAAGAACCUGAACCACCCGUCUGUGUGUGCAUUUCAGUGAAAUGUGACUUUUUUUCCAUACGUAUUCCAAUUAUUUGCACUUAAGGAUAUCCGGUAUUUAUUUGUGUUUAUGCGAGGAUACUCGUAUCCGAGGCACAGCGAGGUGGCGGAUACUCGAUUGUCCUGGUCUACUUGAGUUAAAGCAGAUUUUAGUUAGCGCUAUCCCAUUGAUAUUGCAAACAUCUUAUUUGGAGAACAUGUCCACCGACUGCCAGUCGAGCAAUGCAACUGCAAUCCCGUCGAGCAGGAUGGUGGCCAUCCACGAUGCUGAGCACAUGCCCCAAGAUUACUCCACUACUCCCGGGGGCACCGCUUUCAGCACCACUCCUGGUGGUACCAGGAUUAUCUAUGACCGAAAGUUCCUGCUGGGGUGUCGCAGCUCUCCUCUGGCCAAGACCCCUCCGCGAUGCCUUCCAGACAUUCCCGGUGUGACAAGUCCCCCCUCCGCCGGAACCAAUGAGAAGAAGGCCAGCGAUGGAGAACUACUAAACAACAGCGCUGAAGCUGCAAGCAACCCCACUGGUGAUGAUGCACAGUUUGAAAUGGACAUCUGAGUGGUCUUGGUGCCAUGUGAAUCAUACCAACAAGAUGCUGUGAAAAGAGGCCCCGGGCUACCAUCAUGUCCAGCUGCCUGUUUCCUGAAGAUGGAUGAUUUUCAGUCACCCCACGCCCCCACACCCAGAGCAAAUCUGUGAUCGAACCUCAGUCAGUCUUAAGGCUGAAAACAAGUGUGCCUUACUCUAAAUUGAAAAUGUACACUUGCCAACAAGCCCGCUCAGCAUAUUGUAAACUAUGAGACAAUCAGAAUGAAAGGGACCAUUUCCCAAUAUGUCCUGCAAAAUAUGCAGUUAUUUCCACAGACGCUUUCACUUGUCAGACUUUCAGUCUUGAAAUGUGCGAGAUGUCAUUUGAGGCUUAAAUCCGGGUUCAUUUCCAAAAGAGUGCCAUUUUGAAUCUGAGCUGUCCUUUUGUGAGAGUCACGACAUUAAAGAAAAUAUAAUUGAAUUCCA